AUGGGGAAGAAGCAGAAAAACAAGAGCGAAGACAGUGCCAAGGAUGAUAUUGAUCUUGAUGCCUUGGCUGCAGAAAUAGAAGGAGCUGGUGCUGCCAAGGAGCAAGAACCUCAAAAGGCAAAGGGGAAAAAGAAAAAGGAGAAAAAAAGACAAGACUUUGAUGAAGAUGAUAUCCUGAAAGAACUGGAAGAAUUGUCUUGGGAAGCUCAAGGCAUCAAAGCUGACAGAGAACCUGCUGCGGUAAAGCCAACAGAAAAUAAUGAAGAUGAACCCAUUUCAAAACAAGAUAAGAAAAAGAAAGGACAGAAAGGCAAAAAACAGAGUUUUGAAGAUAAUGAUAGUGAAGAAUUGGAAGAAAAAGAUUCAAAAUCAAAAAAGACUGCAAAACCCAAAGUGGAAAUGUACUCUGGGAGUGAUGAUGAUGAUGAUUUUAAUAAACUCUCCAAAAAAGCGAAGGGGAAAGCUCAGAAAUCAAAUAAGAAGCGUGAUGCAUCAGAAGAGGAUGAGGAUAACAGUAAAAGAAUUAAAGAGCGUAUGAGAGCACAUUCUUCUGGUGAAAGUGGUGAUGAAUCAGAUGAAUUUUUGCAAUCCAGGAAAGGACAGAAAAAGAAUCAGAAAAACAAACCAGGUCCUACUGUCGAGAGCGGGAAUGAAGAUGAUGACUCCUUCAAAAUUAAGACAGUGGCUCAAAAGAAGGCAGAGAAGAAAGAGCGUGAGAGAAAAAAACGGGAUGAAGAAAAGGCAAAACUGCGGAAGCUGAAAGAAAAAGAAGAGCUGGAGUCUGGUAAAAAGGAUCAGGGUAAACCAAAAGAAUCUCAGAGGAAACUUGAGGAGGAAGCUGUGAAGUCCAAAGUGACACUUGACUCUGGAGCAGCUCCUGGCUCUGAAGAGAAAGGAGAGGGUCCCACAGGCGCAGAAGAUGACAAUGAAGGAGACAAAAAGAAAAAAGAUAAGAAGAAAAAGAAAGGAGAAAAGGAAGAAAAGGAGAAAGAAAAGAAGAAAGGACCUAGCAAAGCCACAGUUAAGGCUAUGCAAGAAGCUCUGGCUAAGCUUAAAGAAGAGGAGGAAAGACAGAAGAGAGAGGAGGAAGAACGGAUAAAACGGCUGGAAGAGUUAGAAGCCAAGCGUAAAGAAGAGGAAAGAUUGGAACAAGAAAAAAGAGAAAGGAAAAAGCAAAAAGAAAAGGAAAGGAAAGAACGCUUGAAAAAAGAGGGGAAACUUUUAACUAAAUCCCAGAGAGAAGCCAGAGCCAGAGCCGAAGCUACCCUUAAACUUUUACAAGCUCAGGGUGUUGAAGUGCCAUCAAAAGACUCUUUGCCAAAGAAGAGGCCAAUUUAUGAAGAUAAAAAGAAGAAAAAACCACCACAGCAGAUGGAAAAUAAAGUUUCUGAACCAGUGGAAUUAAGCGCUACUGUAGAAGUUGUGGAACAAGGAGUACCCGAAAAAGAGGAGACACCGCCCCCUGUUGAACCAGAAGAGGAAGAAGAAACAGAGGAUGCUGGGUUGGAUGACUGGGAAGCUAUGGCUAGUGAUGAGGAGAGAGAAACAGAAGAAAACACGGUGCACAUAGAAGUAAAAGAAAAUCCUGAGGAGGAGGAGGAGGAUGAGGAGGAGGAGGAGGAGGAGGAGGAGAGUGAGGAGGAGGAGGAGGAGGAGGGAGACAGUGACGGCAGUGAAGGCGACGACGACGACGGGAAGGCGUCAGAUGAGAAGGAUGCUGGGAAGACGUCAGAUAAAAAGCCAAGUAAAGACGUGAGCUCAGAGUCCGAAUAUGACUCUGAUGACGAUCGAACUAAAGAAGAGCGGGCUUAUGACAAAGCAAAACGCAGGAUUGAGAAACGGCGACUUGAACACAGUAAAAAUGUAAAUACAGAGAAGCUGAGAGCUCCUGUUAUUUGUGUACUUGGACAUGUGGAUACAGGGAAGACAAAAAUUCUAGAUAAGCUCCGUCACACACAUGUACAAGAUGGUGAAGCAGGUGGUAUCACGCAGCAGAUUGGUGCCACCAAUGUCCCUCUUGAAGCUAUUAAUGAACAAACUAAGAUGAUUAAAAGUUUUGAUCGAGAGAAUGUACGGAUUCCAGGAAUGCUGAUUAUUGACACUCCGGGGCAUGAGUCUUUCAGUAAUUUGAGAAACAGAGGAAGUUCUCUUUGUGACAUUGCCAUUUUAGUUGUUGAUAUUAUGCACGGUUUGGAGCCCCAGACAAUUGAAUCUAUCAACCUUUUGAAAUCUAAAAAAUGUCCCUUCAUUGUUGCCCUCAAUAAGAUCGAUAGGUUGUAUGAUUGGAAAAAGAGUCCUGACUCUGACGUGGCUGCUACUCUGAAGAAGCAGAAGAAGAACACCAGAGAUGAAUUCGAGGAGCGGGCCAAGGCGAUCAUUGUGGAGUUUGCGCAGCAGGGGCUGAAUGCAGCUUUGUUUUAUGAGAAUAAGGAUCCCCGAACUUUUGUGUCCUUGGUACCUACCUCUGCACAUACUGGUGAUGGCAUGGGAAGUCUGAUCUGCCUUCUUGUCGAGUUGACUCAGACCAUGUUGAGUAAGAGACUUGCCCAGUGUGAGGAGCUGAGAGCCCAGGUGAUGGAGGUUAAGGCUCUCCCGGGAAUGGGCACGACUAUUGACGUAAUACUGAUCAAUGGGCGUCUGAAGGAAGGAGACACGAUUAUUGUUCCUGGAGUAGAAGGGCCUAUCGUCACGCAGAUCCGAGGCCUCCUGUUACCUCCCCCCAUGAAGGAGUUAAGAGUGAAGAACCAGUAUGAGAAGCAUAAAGAGGUAGAAGCCGCGCAGGGGGUAAAGAUUCUUGGGAAGGACCUGGAAAAAACAUUGGCUGGCUUACCCCUCCUCGUGGCUUAUAAAGAAGAUGAAAUCCCAGUUCUUAAAGAUGAGCUGAUCCACGAGUUAAAGCAGACACUGAAUGCUAUCAAAUUAGAAGAGAAAGGCGUCUACGUCCAGGCCUCGACCCUGGGAUCUCUGGAAGCUCUCCUUGAAUUUCUGAAGACAUCAGAAGUGCCCUAUGCAGGGAUCAACAUUGGGCCUGUCCACAAAAAAGAUGUCAUGAAGGCUUCGGUGAUGCUGGAACACGACCCUCAGUAUGCAGUGAUUUUGGCCUUCGAUGUGAGAAUUGAACGGGAUGCGCAAGAAAUGGCUGACAGUUUAGGAGUUAGAAUUUUUAGUGCAGAAAUUAUUUAUCAUUUAUUUGAUGCCUUUACGAAAUACAGACAAGACUACAAGAAACAGAAACAGGAAGAAUUUAAGCACAUAGCAGUAUUCCCCUGCAAGAUAAAGAUCCUCCCUCAGUUUAUCUUCAAUUCUCGGGAUCCGAUAGUGAUGGGCGUGACUGUGGAAGCAGGGCAAGUGAAGCAGGGGACACCCAUGUGCGUGCCCAGCAAAAAUUUUGUUGACAUUGGAAUAGUAACGAGUAUUGAAGUAAACCAUAAACAAGUGGAUGUUGCGAAAAAAGGACAAGAAGUCUGUGUCAAAAUAGAACCCAUCCCUGGCGAAUCUCCCAAAAUGUACGGACGCCAUUUUGAAGCUACAGACAUUCUCGUCAGUAAGAUCAGCCGGCAGUCCAUCGACGCCCUCAAAGACUGGUUCAGAGACGAGAUGCAGAAGAGUGACUGGCAGCUUAUUGUGGAGCUGAAGAAAGUGUUUGAGAUCAUCUAA